AAGGGGGAUGGGCCUGUUGCCUUCAUUUCAAGUAAAAGAAAAAACAGAAGUAGAAAGUUGAGCAGGCACUCUGUCAAAAAGAAACAGACAGACAGAGAGAGAGAGAAGGCGAGAUCGGAGGUGAAUUGGAAAGACGAGACUGAAAAUCGAACGAAGGGCUACAUGCAAACAUGGCUCCUUGGACGCGGACCGCCACAGAGCGCUAUGGUGUUGUCAAGUGGAAUUUUGUUGGCAACGGAAAGAAGCAGCUGUCCCUGGAGGUAGGAGAUGCAGUCCAGAUCCAGGAGGUCUGCGAUGGUUGGUACAGAGGCCACUUGGUUAGGAACAAUGCCCAAUGGGGAGUGUUUCCUGCCAGUUUCAUUCAUCUUAAACAGGUCGUCAUUGAAAAGCAGGGAGACGAGGAGGUAGUGAUGUCUGCAGAGAUGCCCUUGGUCAAGGAGGUGACCACCACAUUGAGGGAGUGGGGAAGCAUAUGGAAGCAACUCUUUGUGGCCAAUAAGCUGAGGCGUGUGAAGCAGGUCCAGAGGCUUAUGUGGGACCUAAUGGAGUGGCGUUCCCAGCUCCUCUCUGGCACUCUGCCCAGUGACGAAUUCAAGGAGCUCAAGCAGAAAGUCACCUCCAAGAUUGACUAUGGCAACAAGAUCCUGGAGCUGGACCAGGUGGUCCGCGACGAGGAUGGCAACAUCCUGGACCCGGAACGGGCCAGUGUCAUCAGUCUGUUUCGGGCCCACGAGGAGGCCACAGCCAAGAUCAACGAGCGCAUCAAAGAGGAGCAGUCCAACGUCCAGACGGACCACAGCGGCAUCUCAGCGCGAAUCCAAUCCUCGCCCACGCACAGCCUCUACGUCUUCGUCAGGAACUUUGUGUGCCGCAUCGGAGAGGACUCGGAGCUCUUCAUGUCGCUCUAUGACCCCGUCAAACAGAGCAUCAUCAGUGAGAACUACUUGAUACGUUGGGGCAGUAAAGGAUUCCCCAAGGAGAUCGACAUGCUCAACAACCUGAAGGUUGUCUUUACGGACCUGGGGAACAAGGACCUGGGCAGGGACAAGAUUUACCUCAUCUGUCAGAUAGUGAGAGUGGGCAGGAUGGACCUGAAGGAGACAAACAACAAGAAGAGCACUCAAGGCCUGAGGCGUCCGUUCGGUGUAGCAGUAAUGGACAUUAGUGAUCUCAUCAAAGGGAAGAUCGAAUGCGACGAGGAGAAACAGUUCUUCAUUCCCUUCUUCCCUGUGGUCGCUGAGAAUGACUUUCUGCACUCCUUACUGAACAAAGUGACAGCAUCGCGAGGGGACAGUGGUGGACAAGGUCUGUGGGUGACCAUGAAGGCUCUGGUGGGGGACAUAGUUCAGAUCCGGAAGGAAUACCCUCACCUGGUGGACCGCAGCACCGUGGUCGCCCGCAAGCUGGGCUUCCCAGAGAUCAUCAUGCCGGGAGAUGUUCGCAACGACAUCUACCUCACCUUACAGGGCGGCGACUUUGACAAGUACAACAAGACGACGCAGAAAAACGUGGAGGUCAUCAUGUGGGUGUGCGACGAGGAGGGCAAGGUCAUACAGAACUCCAUCUGUCUGGGUGCAGGGGAUAAACUGGUCAGUGAGUACAGAUCAGUCAUCUACUACCAAAUCAAACAGCCCCGCUGGAUGGAGACAAUUAAGGUGGCAGUCCCUCUGGAAGAAAUGCACAAAGUUCAUUUGCGUUUCAUGUUCAGACACCGCUCUUCCCAGGAGUCCAAAGACAAGAGUGAGAAAAACUUUGCCAUGGCCUUUGUGCGUCUGAUGAAGGAAGACGGGACGGUUCUACAGGACGGGCUGCAUGACCUUAUUGUCUUCAAGGGUGACAGCAAGCGCAUGGAGGACGUGAAUUGCUACUUGUCGUUGCCCCCGACGCGCAACCAACAUGGUGACGCGCACGCCCACAAGGCGGCAGCGCUGAGCCGCAGCUCCAGCAACGUGUCCGGCAGCGGAGGCCUGUCGGUCAGCUCCAGAGACAGCUUCAGCAUCUCCACCCUGGUCUGCUCCACCAAACUCACGCAGAAUGUGGGCCUGCUGGGGCUGCUCAAGUGGAGGACUCGACCCGAACUCCUCAAAGAGAACCUCGAGAAGCUGAAAAUAAUCGAUGGAGAGGAGGUGGUCAAGUUUCUGCAGGACACCCUGGAUGCUUUGUUCAACAUCAUGAUGGAACACUCUCAAACCGCCGACUACGACAUCCUGGUGUUCGACGCCUUGAUACACAUCAUCGGUCUGAUUGCUGACAGAAAGUUCCAGCACUUCAACACAGUGUUGGAGGCCUACAUCAAGCAGCAUUUCAGCGCUACACUGGCUUACAAGAAGAUUAUGUCGGGGCUAAAAAAUGAUUUUGGAGUUUCGGGCGGAAGGGAACAGUGUGAGCCGAUCCUCCGGACCCUCAAAGCCCUCGAGUACAUCUUCAAGUUCAUCGUCCGCUCACGCAUGCUCUACUCCCAGCUGUACGAGGGGAAGGAGCAGGCAGAGUUUGAGGAGUCACUGAGAAAUCUUUUUGAGUCCAUCAACAGCAUGAUGAAAACCGACUACACCACCACUCUGCUGCUCAGGGUUGCUGCUCUGAAGUACCUCCCAACAGUCCUGCAUGAUGUUGAGAAAGUGUUUGAUGCCAAACUCCUCAGUGAGCAGCUGCGUGACUUUUAUUCCUGCAUCCCCCCGGAGAAACUCCAGAAACAGAAGGUGGCCUCCAUGACUGAAAUCGUCAGCAGCCUGCUCUUCCAGAGACAAGAGUGCCGUGAUGUGCUGUUACCCAUGAUGCUGCGGGAGCUGAGCGGGGCCCUCGCUACUAUGGCCGACGGGCCUCACGAUGAGAGGAGAAACAGUCUGGAGCUGCUCAACAACAUUCUGGAGGUGCUGAGCAGGGACAACGUGGGUGAAACGUUUCAGCAUAUCCAGGACAUCGUGGUGUCUCUGCUGAGGAUCAUCAACCGGACAUUCAUCACGAUGGGUCGCGAGCACGCUCUGAUCUCCAGGGUGGUCGCCUGCAUGACGGCGAUUCUCAGUCAGAUGGACGAUCGCCACUAUGCUACAUACAUCGAAACCUUUGCUGGGAGCUCUGACCUUGUGGACUUCCUGAUGGAGUCCUUCCUGCUCUUCAAGGACCUGAUUGGGAAACACGUGUACCCCUCUGACUGGAUGGCUAUGAUCAUGGUGCAGAACAGAGUGUUCCUGCGAGCCAUUAAUACCUAUGCAGACACAAUGAACCAAAAGUUCCUCAAUAACAACGACUUUGAAGUACAGUUGUGGAAUAACUACUUCCACUUGGCGGUGGCGUUUAUUACCCAGGAGUCUCUGCAGCUGCAGCAUUUCUCGUCAACCAAGAGAAACAAGAUCCUGGCCAAAUACGGAGACAUGAGAGAACUCAUUGGCUUCGCUAUACGCGACAUUUGGUACAAACUUGGCAGUCACAAGAUCUGUUUCAUCCCCGGAAUGGUGGGUCCCAUCCUGGAGAUGACCUUGAUCCCGGAAGAAGAGCUGAGACGGGCCACCAUCCCCAUCUUCUUCGACAUGAUCACCUGUGAACACGCACAUUCUGGGAACUUCCACAAGUUUGAGAACGAGAUCAUUCUGAAGUUGGACCACGAGGUGGAGGGUGGAGGAGGAGAUGAGCAGUACAUGCAACUACUGGAGACCAUCCUGCUGGACUGCGUUUCAGAGAAACUCACGCUGAGGUCAGAGGUGCAGCACUUUGUCGCCUUGGUGAAAGGACUCCUCAUUCGUCUCCUUGACUACCGUACGGUGAUGAACGAUGAGAGCCGCAACAACCGCAUGAGCUGCACUGUCAACCUUCUGAACUUUUACAAGGACAUCAAUCGUGAAGGGAUGUACAUCAGGUACCUUUACAAGUUGAGGGACCUUCACCUGGAGGGGGAAAACUACACCGAGGCAGCGUACACACUGCUGCUCCACUCUCGCCUGCUCAAGUGGGUGGAUGAGAUGUGCAGUCCCCAGUUUGAGUACCGCGGUUCGCAAACCCAGCGGCAGCUCAAAGAAACCCUCUACGACACCAUCAUCGACUACUUUGACAAGGGCAAGAUGUGGGAGGAGGCCAUCACUCUGUGUAAGGAGCUAGCAGAACAAUACGAAAACGAGAUCUUUGACUACGAGUUGCUCAGCAAGAGACUGGAGAAACAAGCCAAGUUCUAUGAAAACAUCAUGAAGAUCCUGAGGCCCAAACCAGACUACUUUGCAGUGGGCUACUACGGCCAGGGCUACCCUCCAUUCCUCAGGAACAAGGUGUUUAUCCACCGAGGGAAGGAGUAUGAACGCAGAGAGGACUUCCAGAACCAGCUGAUGAGCCAGUUCCCCAGCGCCGUGCGCCUCAACACCACCACCAUCCCGGGAGACGACAUCAGGAGCUCUCCGCUGCAGUAUAUCCAGUGUUUCACAGUGAAAUCGGUGCUGGAGAUUCCUCCACGCCUGAAGAACAAACCUGUUCCCGAUCAGAUAAUCAACUUCUACAAGUCCAACUACGUGCAGCGUUUCCAUUAUUCCCGACCGGUCAGGAAAGGACCUGUGGACCCAAACAAUGAGUUUGUUUCGAUGUGGAUUGAACGCACAACCUUCACCACUGUGUAUAAGCUCCCAGGGAUCCUCCGCUGGUUUGAGGCUACAGACAUGAAACAUACUACCUUGUCUCCAUUGGAGAACGCCAUAGAGACAAUGGAGUCCACCAAUGAGAAGAUUCUGACCAUGAUCAACCAAUAUCAGGCUGAUUGGACCCUCCCCAUCAACCCGCUCUCCAUGCUGCUCAAUGGCAUUGUGGACCCAGCGGUCAUGGGCGGCUUUGCCAAGUAUGAAAAGGCCUUCUUCACCGAAGAGUACAAUCAGCAGCACCCAGAGGACCGAGAUAAACUGAUGCGCCUCAAAGACCUCAUCGCAUGGCAGAUCCCGUUACUGGGUGGAGGGAUAUCUCUCCAUGGGAAGAGGGUGAUGGAUGACCUGCGUCCUUUCCACGAGCGCAUGGAGGAGUGUUUCAAGCAACUGAAGAAGAAGGUGGAGAAGGAGUACGGAGUGAGAGAGCUGCCAGAAAUGGAUAACAGGAAGUCCAGCCGUCCGCGCUCUGUGCUGCGAACCUUUCGUCAGUCCAUCAUCUCCAUCUCCUCGCUGCAGGGAUCUGAAUGUGGGACUCCGACCAGGCUCCAUUCAGACAGGGACAACCCUCCAGACUCGCCCUCCUCCUGGAACUCCACCUUGCCGCGCUCCAGCGGCAGUGUGAGCGCGAGUGUGGGUGCGGGGGAGGGGAUGGUGACGGUGGGCGACGCAGAGGUGAAGCUGAGGAAGAGUAAGAAGAAGAAGAAGAGAAGCAGCAUGAUCUUCAUCACGGAGGAAAGAGAAAGGACACAGACGCUGGACUGCAAACGGCUGUCCAAGAAACAGGAGUUCCGCAGUGACACCAACUUGGCCGAUCCAGGCGAAGGCAACGUGUCGCUGACCAACGCCAACUCCAGAUCGCUGCCUGCCAUCACAGGUCUGUCCUUGGCAGUGCUUGGGGGCGCAGAGGAGGUGGACUCUGUCCGAGCCAGGAGGGACAGUAAGAGCAUGUCCGUCUGCGUGACCUCUGACCGGACAGCUGACAGACGCUCAAAGGGCGUCAUCAACCUCCUCUUUAAGUCCAAGAGCUCCAAAUCAGAGGAUGUGAAGCCCAGUGAUUCAGCCAAAGGCGAUGCCAAUCAUUUCUGAAUUCUUUUAUGUUCAUUUUUUCAUGUAUUUUUUAUUUUUAUUUUUUUUACAAAGAAGUUCACAUAAACCUUCAAGCUAAAGCAAAUCCUGCACACACACCCUCACUCAGUCUGACUGAGAGUCCCGGUGUUGCUCUUGUCUUAAUAUAAUUGAUUUUAGCUGUCAAUAAAGACAUAUUUUUGUGGCAUGA